AUGGAACGGUUGCGGGGAAUCAAGGAAAAGUGCGGGAUUGUCCUGGCAUGCAGGGUCAAAAGUAAGAACAUUUAUGAGAUCACCAUGCAGGAGGGAAAGGGCAAGACAAGGCAGGUGAAGGUCUGCAGGCUGUGCAUCCAGCCAGGACAUAUUUUGAGAGAAUGCCCAGACUUCACCUGUUAUAAAUGCAAGCGCCAGGGACACUAUGCUAGGGAGUGUGACUUGCAGGGGGGGAGACGCGGAGAGGAGAGGACGGUGGACACGGAGCCAGCCGGCGGCGGCGAGCGCGUUUCCCGGUCCGAGGAGGAUCAACGACAGCAGGACGAGGACACCGGAGCUGCCAGCGGGGGUGAAAUGACUCCAUCCACCAUCGGCAGCAGUGCGGAUGGAGUGUCCGCCCGGGCGAGUGAACGAAGAGGCGGCCGACCAGGAGAGGUGGAGGCCCCGGAUUGCAGUGAGGCUACACGGGACGGCGGGGCUGCUGCUGCGACUGCUUCACCUAAGGAGCCAGACGAUUCGAGCAUGGAGGUGGUGGAGACGAGAACAUCGGAGGAAGGAGAGUCGAUGGACUACGAUGCGGUGAAAGCCAGCAGGAAGAGAAUAAUCAAAAGGAGGGACAAAAGGGAGCCAAAAGAGCAGAAGGUAUGAACAAUCGAGCAUCUAUGGAAAGCUGUGUUUUUCUUUUCACCAUUACUAUGGUCAUAAUAACAUCCUUAAAUGCAAACGGCCUAAGGAACAUGACCAAAAUAGAAAGAACGAUUGAACUCUGUAAAUCUGACAUAUUGUGCCUUCAAGAAACGCAUUGGGAUAAUGAACUUGUGGAAACCCUUGGGAAGCUUUGGAAAGGGCCCAUUUUUAUAGACAAUGGGAGUGCGAAGGCAUGUGGAGUGGCAAUCCUUGUCAGAGAGAGGUCUGUUAGUGGUGUCAAGCAAACCUUUUGUGGAGGGAAUGGACGUGUGAUAGCGAUAGAAUUUGUCCACAAUAAAAACACAUACAAAUUAAUCAAUAUAUAUGCACCAAACGUGGAGGAACUGAGAAAGUUUUUUUUUUGAGGACUUGGAGGUUCUGUGCACGGGAGAUUGUAUGAUGGUUGGUGACUAUAAUGUAAAAUUAUCAAGACUAGAUUAUUCAAAUAAUGUAAAAUACAGGUAUGAUGGGUCAAGGAACUUUUUGAAAAGCAUGAUGGCAGAACACAAAAUGGUGGACGUAUGGAGGGAGGAAAAUGCAGAACGAAAAGUGUUUUCGCGGAGGCAGGUGGUUAUGGGGACCCUUAGGCAGAGUAGAAUAGACCUCGUCCUAGUUAAGGAAAACAUUGUUAGCCAAAUAAAAGAGGUGAAAUAUACUUUUACCACUCUUAGUGAUCAUGCAAUCCUGUCGCUGAGGUUAAGGGACGCAUGUAUAAGGAAUGUAGGUGGAGGAAUGUGGUGCCUAAACAACAGCUUAUUAAGAGAGGAUUCAUAUAAAGAGAUGAUAGCAAAAUGUAUCAAAGAAGAAAUGGAGAACAGAUUAAACAAAGAUAAUAUUUGUAUUUGGUGGGAAAAUUUGAAAGAAAAAGUUAAAAAGAAAAGCAUAUACUAUGCCAAGCAAAUGAACUUUAGAAUGGAUCAGGUAGAGAAAGAGAUACAAAAUAAAUUAAACGAAGAAGCAGGGA